AUGGAAAAUUUUCUUUAAGAAAAACUUGAACAAUUUAAUGCCAAUGUUUACAAUGCUUACAAAGCUAACUGGGGCUCUUUAUUCGAUUUCAUUCAUGACAAGAAUAAGGACCCCGCAAGAGAGCUCAAAUUAAUCAGAAAGCAAGAUCAUAAUAAGUCCAUGAGAUUAACAAAUAAUGAUCAGUAGUUUUCCUUCUUGAAAACCAAUGAUUACGAUUCUAGCCAUCUUUAAUCACUUAAGAAAGCAAACAAUGAAUCGAGAACUGCUCCAAUAUCGCCUAAAAUGUACCUUACAGGUAAAAUGAAGCCCUCUGAAAAUAAGAUCCAUGAGAGUUUCUUACAUAAAAUAGAUCAAACAUUUAACUCAGUUAACGAAGGUAUAAGCCAGAGUACUGAAGUAUUAUCCAGUAAAAAAGUUCCUAAACACUUUAAUAUAAGUCGCACCAAUAAUAAUAAUGAAAAUAUUAGGAAUAAUACAUCGCCUUAAUUUUUCGCCUUUCAGAACAUUCGCAGGAAGAUAAUUAUUAGUGAUAAAAGGCCUAAUAGGCAUCCCAAAAAUAUACUUGAACCUGCUCGAGCUGAGAUGGAUAAUUCAAAAAUAUCUGAAAUAAAUUAAAUUAUUAGGGAGAGACUUCGAUCACAUCAAGUAUCUCCUUUGAAAUCGUAUUUAGUGGAUAACUCUUAGAUUAUUGAGGACAUAAAAACAGCAGCUGUUUCGAAAAUCCGGCCAUAUAUAACAAACUUUCAAACUCCUUUUGGAAAUGAUAUAAUAGGAGGAAUGAAUAAAUAGCGAAACAUGUCAAAUACAGACUCAGUAGAAGAAUUCACCAGUGCCUAGAAUGUUAGGAAAAGCAACCAUCUUUAAAAGGCAUGGAAAAAAACUGCUGAAACUAACUAGCAUACAGGAUAGUAGACAGCAAAAGAAAAACAGAUGGCACAAAAAAGAAUGAAUAACAGGGAGAAGACCUAUGGAGUCAAAGCUCAAUUCACCAGAAUGCAUAACUAACUUAGAAGGAGGGUUGUGUUUAGCAAAGGCGAUGCGGAAGAUAAUUUCAAAGAAAUUGAAAUACCGAAGGAAUUCAGAGACUAAUUAGAAAAGUCUAAGCCAAAGGAUAAGUUGCAAUAUUUAAUGAAUUUGAACUCUGAGCUUUAUAUAAACAUGAAAAACACUCAGAAGUGGAUGAAGAUACAUAAUGUCGAUUAAUCCAAGUACACUCAGAAUCAGAAGAACAUAGAAUUUGCCAAGGAACUUUUCAAGAUUUGGGAUGAAGAUGAAUCAGGCAACUUGGAAGUUGAUGAGUUGACUCUACCCUUGAUAGCUCUGGGAUUAUCAAAUGAUAGCAGCUUCGUUUUAAAGCUAUUAAGAUCAAUAGAUGAGGAGAAAUUCACCAAAAAUAAAAUUAAUGCUAAGAUAACAAUUAGAGAUUUUUCAAAGAUAUUCAAAAAAGACUAUACUAGUGAGAAGGUGAUAGAAGUUAUUAAAAAGACAAUCAAAGAGCAAAGAGCUGAAGUGAGACGGUAAGCGAAAAAGGAAAUCGACUAAAUAGAAUAUCAAAGCAUUCUUAUGGACUAAUCAAUCAAGAAUAAUCAGUCUAUACUAGGAGUAGAAAAUAGCAAAAUGUAGAAAAAUAAGAGAAUGUCAAUCGUAAAGUCCGGAGAGCUAUCUAAAUUAUCUUUCUUGCCUAGUCGAGAUACUAGAAGGACAACUGCACCAACUAGCAAUGGUUUGUUUAGUGCUGGUGAAAAUGGUUUAGUUUCAGGAUUAUCAUAUGUAAAGGAAUACGGAUUGCAAAAUGAAAUAUCAAUGAGAGAUUUAUAAAAAAGCCAGCAAAGAGGAGGAAGAUUACUUAUAGGUAAUUAAAAGUUAGAAUCAGCUGGAACAACUGAAAGAGAUAAAAAUGAAUAAAUGAUGCUAGAUGUUCUUUCUAGAUAAGUCGAAAUGUCUAAAUACUUGAAUAAUAAUCUUCAAAUUCAAACUAAGUCUAAAAAUACAAAUUACAAGUCAGUAGCUCCACCAAUUUUAGAAAAGCAUGAGCUACUUAAUGAAAUAGAGGAGAACGAUGAUAACAAUGAAAUCACUUUGAGUGAUCAGUUAAAUAUAGUAAGAUAAUGGUGGUAGGAAAUCGAUAAAGGGAGAGGUAACCUCUCCUAGACUAUAGAGGAGGUCUCAAGAUUGCUAGUCAAUAAAAGGAUUGCAGCAGAGAUGGAAACAGCUAAAAGAAUCGUUGGAUAGUCAACAAAGAAAUCGAAGACAGAAAUUGAUUGGGAGGACUUUAACUAGAUUUUUUGUAAAGGCAUAUUUAAAGAAGUCCUAAUUACCUUAGCCAAUAAGAUUAAAACAAGUCAAAAUUAAGUUGAAAAGUAGGGUGAAUCAUUAGGCGGAAAAUUAAAUGAAUAUCAAAGAAAACUUUUGCUUGAAUAGCUCGGACAUGGAAUGAUAACAGAUUCUCACCAGGCUCAAGGGGAUAAUGAUAGACCUGUACUAUACUCACUCUAUUAGUUCAAGAAAAAGAAUGGAGAUACAAGUGUCAUUAAUGAAACUUAUAAGGAAUUCUUGAAAGAUCCUCUUGGCUCAAUUAGAAAAGCAGAAGAGGAGAGAUUAAAAAAUCACUAUGUCAAUGAUGAAUUUGUAAAAUAGAUAAAGCUAAACCCACUAGAUAGAGAGAGUAAUGCACACUAGAAAAAGUUAAUCGAAGCUUAAAAAUGCCUUGGUGACUUAGAUAGUUAGAUACAAGUUCACUUCUAAUACGUCAAUAAUUCGACUUAGAAUACAACCACUUAAAAUACACAAUAAACAUCUCUAUCUUAAUAAUCAAGAGAUGGAGAUUAAACAGCUAGGACAUAAGACAGUAGCACUCGAAAAGCUUCAUAGAAAUAGAAACAGCCAGAUUGGAAUUAGAUUGCUAAUGACUCAGUCAAGCUUCCGAAAUAGUACAUUUAGAAGACUGCUGAUGAAAGACUCAAAGACUAGACUGAUCUCUUAAGAAAAUUCUAACUUAUUCUUGACCAGAACUCAAAAAAUGCCUAUGACUUAUGA